UGUACUGUGAGGGGCCAGCUGUUUCUGGCUAAAAGGUUGACUGUCUGCCUGUAUUCCUGCUAAAUUCCGCUUUAUUUGACUGUACCCGAGGGCGUGGGGGGGAAUGGUGGCUGCGUGGGCGGCGUGGUGACCUGUGGGCGUGCGUGGGCGGCGGGAGAGGCUCGUGUGGGCGUGGAAUAAGGCUGAAAUAAGGGGCAGAAGAGGAAGGAGCUAGACACACCCCUGUCACUAUUAUAUUUCUCUCUCUACUCUCUCUCUCUCUCUCUCUCUCUCUCUCUCUCUCUCUCUCUCUCUCUCUCUCUUCAGCAUCAAGAGUUAAAGUGAGGUGAUGUGUGGGAGCCAAGAUGGAGGUGUGGGUGGUGUGUGGGUGUGAGGGUGCGCUAGGAGGCGUCCACCCCCUCCGGCCCAGCCCCUGCCCCCCUCUGAGCAGCCCCCUAGACCGUGCCGGCCCCGCUAAGCCCCCCAUACCCUCACACGGCUGCCGGGGCUGUGAACGGGACAACCAAGGGUGCACAAGGAGGUGAUGGAGGUAACACAGGAAAGUGACUCGUGCAUAGAGCGAAUCGCCACCCAUUGGACACCCCUGCCCCCCCAGACAGCCCCACCACCCCAGAGAGAGGCAUGGGGUGUGCUCCGAGCCUUCAUGUCUCCACCAACUUGUCUAAGGAGGAGGAGGAGGAGGAGGAGGUGGGAGGAGGAGGAGGAGGAGGAGGGACGCAUACUCAGACAAACGUACAGACACACAUUGCCAAUACUGUGUCGGCUAAUCACCAGACGUCUUCAAACACGCAUCUUGGUCCCGGGUCACGACAGCAGGUCACCCACGCUUGGGAUGAUGCGCCACAGUCCAUGCGGCUGGUGACAGGAGGGUUGGCAUCUCAACUGGGGCUCAUUAAGAACUCCCAGAGACACCUCAAGGUCCUUUUAGUCUUCGGAAAGGAAGAUUCAAUUUACCAGACAUGGAAAACAGCAGUCACUCGCCGCGGGCACUCCCACACACUCUCCCGCACCCUGGAGGAGGCCGUGAGGGUGGCGGGGGAGGAGGGGCCAGAGGUGGUGGUGGUGGACGCCCGGCCUUCUCGUGGACUGAAUGCCAAGGCUGUGUGUGGGGCUGUGAGGCAAAGACAAACUGAAACUGGCUAUGCUCCAGUCUUAGUAGCUGUUGUGAAAAAAAGUUUUGCGGACCGGGACAGUGCCACAGUUGGUCCAAUGCUCAGCGCUGGUUUUAAUAGGGUGGUGACAGAGAGCAGUGCCGUGGGUGUUGUGCUAAAUGAACUGGUCCAGGUGGAGGUGUGUGAUGUGGCAGGCCAGGCAAGGCUACGUGGGUGUCAGGCGCUGCUGGGGGCCCUGGACGCCUGCCGUGAGCUGGUCCACAUCACCGACACACACCACAACAUCAUGUUCAUCAACAAAGCGUGCGAGAACAUCCUUGGCUACACAAUGGAUGAGGUCGCAGAGAGGAACCUUUGGGAACUCCAUACGUCAGAUGUAAACAAACAAGAUGGCCGCCAGACAGACCACCACAGGCCUUCCUUGGAGUUCCGACAGGUCCCCCCACAGGCCCUGCACGAUGCCACCCCGACACAUAGGCCUAUACAGGAGCAGGAUAAGCCUAUACAACCUGAUAGCAAGGUACCGUUAGAGAUGCCCGAAGCGGUGAAUUCGCAAAUGAAACGUGGCAAGGAGUGGGAGGGGGUGGUGACCUACAGGCGGAGGUCUGGGGGCGCCCUACACCUCCCCUCCAAGGUCAUUCCAGUCAUGGUGCCUCUGACCAAACACCAGCAACACUACAUCUAUGUGAGCGACACACACGCGCUGGACCGCCUGGAACUCUCGGCAGCGAACGUGGACCACUUUCAUCCUCGUGGCUCCAUCAAGUCACUCAGGAAGGGCUCACAUGACAUCAGAUCCCUUAGCAGUGACGGAGUGACAGAGGCGUGGGAGUCAGUGGCUCAACACAAAGUAAGCAGCGCGCAGGAGAAAGAACGCUUCUCUUUCUCUCGGCCGGCAGAGAAGAAGGCAAGGGAAGGACCCCAGGGAAUCAUCCGUCGCCAGAGCCUAGUCAAGCUACACUCCCUGACGAUUGAGGCACCAAUCACCCGAGUGUUUUCCAUCAUUUCUGCGGCCCAGGAGAAUUCCCCAGCUUACGUGGCCCAGGCGUUAGAGAGGGCCAUUGAAAUACUGCGGUCCACUGAGCUGUACUCCCCACAGCUCAUCCCCUCGGCUGCUGUGGAGACAUCUGUUAGUAGGUCUGUUGCAGCCGAUCCUGUUGCUACGGAUUUGCUGGGAGGGCUCUUGGCGCAAGGGCCCAAGCCGCUGCUGUCCGCCCGCCGCAGCAGCAACGACACAGCAGUGAAGGCCACACAGCAGCUGCCUCGAUCCUCCAUCCCAGUGCUGCACCAACAAGCUUCGUCUGCCAUUAGAGAGUUACUGGCAGAGGACAUGUCAUGGAGCUUCGAUAUCUUCAAACUCGAGCGGAUAUCGGAUAAACGGCCCCUCGUGUGGCUGGGAAUGUCGUUACUCUGCCGGUUUGACGUCCCGGACACGCUGGGCUGCGACGAGAACACACUGCAGAACUGGCUUACCCUUAUAGAGGCAAACUACCACAGCGACAACACUUACCAUAACUCCACCCAUGCUGCUGACGUCCUCCAGUCCACUGCCUAUUUUCUCAGCAAGGAGCGGAUUAAACAGCUGCUAGACCCCUUGGAUGUCGCCGCCUGUCUUGUGGCUGCUGUUGUGCAUGAUGUUGACCAUCCAGGGAAGAAUAGUGCGUUUCUUUGCAACACCAACAAUGAGCUGGCAAUCUUGUACAACGACCUCAGCGUUCUGGAGUCACACCACGUCGCUGUCUCCUUCAAGCACACCAGGUCGGACGAGAGAGUCAACAUAUUCAAGGCCCUAGACCGGGACACUUACAAACACCUCCGGAAGAGCAUCGUUGACAUGGUGUUGGCCACAGACAUGACCAAACACUUCGAACAUGUCAGCAAAUUUGUCAACAUGGCCGGCUGCAGCAGUGGUGGUGGUGGUGGCGGUGGUGGUGGUGGUGAUGAUGAUGACGAUGGUGGUGUGUUUGAGGAUGACCCCUCAGCGCCCCCAGACCUGCUCUCGUUUGGCAGCCCAGAAAAUAUUAUAAUCAUCAAGAGAAUGUUGAUAAAAUGUGCAGAUGUCAGUAACCCACUUAGACCACUGCCUUUGUCCAUCGAUUGGGCCUACAGGAUUGCUAACGAGUACUUCAACCAGACGGAGGAGGAGAAACAGCGCUCCCUUCCUAUCGUGAUGGCUCAGUUUGAUCGGACGACAUGCUCCAUUCCAAAGUCACAGAUUGGUUUCAUCGACUUCUUCAUAAAUGACAUGUUCGACGCUUGGGACGCUUUGGCAGACAUCCCCGAGCUUCUAGAAUACUUAAGAAUGAAUUAUUUGUAUUGGAAGGAAGAGGAGGAAAGAAGUGAGAGAGCAAGCACAUACACUCCCUCCCCCCAUGCACCACCACCAUCACCACCUCUCUCACCACCUACUGAGGACGGGAACAUUAAGGAGGAGGAGGAGGAGGAGGAAGAGGAGCAAGGGUAGUUUAUAAUGUAUGUGUGUACGUGUGUGUGUGUGUGUCGAACUUUUUUCAUACAGAGAGAAAGUGAGAUAGUUUUAAUUGUGCCAAAUUAUCGUAAGUUCGAGAGAGUUACAAAUACUUGAGAUAUUACAGAUUAUUAUUGUUAUUACUAUUGCUAGGGAGUGUUGAAUAUUAAAAAGUAUAUAUAUUAAUGUACAGUUAACAAUAAUUUUAAUGUUAAACGAAUUUACUAAUAAUAUUUUUAAUGAGAGAGUUUAUGGGGGUCGAGAUUAUUAUUAUUGUUAUUAUUAUUACGUAGGGUAAAUGUUAUUAAUUAAUUAUAUAUAUAUAUUUAUGAAAGAUUUAUUGUAGUGUGUGUGUGUGUGUGUGUGUUUUAAAUUAAGUAAAGUAUAUUAAUUAAAACACUCAUAAGUUUGAAAUUACUUUACUAAACAGUAGUAAUAGUU